AUGCAAAUUCAUUCAAACACAUUCAUAGUUACUGGUGGUGUAGGUGGUUGUGGUAAAGCCGUUGCUAAAGCUAUUCUGGAGAAGGAUGGAUAUGUCGUACUAUUUGACAUAGUCAAAGCUGAAGUUGCAAUUCCACUUGCUCAACAAAUUAGCAAGGAUCGAGCACUCUAUAUACAAGCUGAUAUUACUGAUGAAGAUUCAACAAAGAAAGCCGUUAAAGCUGCAUCUAACGCUUUUGAAAAGAAGUUAGUAGGCGCUGUUCAUUGUGCAGGCAUUGCUGUAAGACAGCCAUGGUCACCCAUAGUUUCAGAUUCUAUUCCAAACUUUAGAAACGCACUAAAUGUUAAUACACUCGGAACGUAUAUUCUAAAUGCGGUUGUUGCAGAUGCCAUUAAUGAAAGACAUGAGCCCCUCAAGUAUGCGUCAAAAGGGUUUUUCAAAACUAAAGAAGAAAGAGGUGCAAUAAUUAAUUUCGCUUCAGUUUCUGGCCAUGAUUGUUAUGCAAGAAAUCUUGGUUAUGGACCAACGAAAAGUGCAGUUUUAGGUAUUACUAGAACAAUGAGUGAUUUUCUUGGUGAAAGUGGUAUUCGGGUUAAUAGUAUAUCACCAUCCAUAAUAAAUUCUAAUAUAACUGGACCCGUUUUUCCGUACUUCUUAAGUGAGUUGGAAAGGUCAUCAUCAUUUCCAGCUAGAGCCAUAGAACAUGACGAAAUUGCUGGAACAGUUUUAUUCCUAAUUGAAAAUGGAAUGAUGAAUGGUCAAGACAUCAGGAUUGAUGGUGGUUGGAGAUUAGUAACUGACAGACACCCGGACAGACCAGAUUAUCGUACAUUAGCACCAGGACUUGAAUAAAAUGUCUUACUUUUUUCCUCUAAUUUUUUUGCUAGUUGUAAAUUUGGAAUUAAGUUAGAUUAGGUGCAAAUGCUGAUGAAGUAGUGUUCCAUAUAUGAGGAAUGAUUCAAUGAGAACAGAUUAAAAAGGCG